UGUGUAUCCAAGUCUCAUUCUUGGCUCUCAAAAAGUAGCUAUCAGGAGUAAUAAAUACACACAUAGCCAUAUUUUGAAUCAAACAAAAACAAUAGAAUAUCGUAUCUUUGCUACUACCUAGCUUUUUUCUCUUCUCUUUUUUCCUCUCCUCUUCAACUUGUAGUGCUGUUUUUCUUUCUUCAAAGCCAAAUAUGUUCCCUGCACUAAUGUCCAAUUCCACUUCUUUCUCAGAAGAAACAAAUGUCUCUUCUGCUAGAUUAAACCACUUAGUUUCAACCUUAAAUUCCUCACAACAGCCUCAAAAGACCAAGAAAAAAAGAAGCCUCCCUGGUAACCCAGAUCCUGAUGCUGAAGUGAUAGCUUUAUCACCAAAGACACUAUUAACAACAAAUAGAUUUGUGUGUGAGAUCUGCAACAAGGGUUUUCAAAGAGAUCAAAACCUACAGCUACAUAGGAGAGGACAUAACCUACCAUGGAAGUUGAAGCAAAGGAACAACAAAGAUGUUAUUAAAAAGAGAGCUUAUGUUUGUCCAGAGCCUUCAUGUGUUCAUCAUAACCCUUCAAGGGCUCUUGGAGAUCUUACAGGAAUUAAGAAACAUUAUAGUAGAAAACAUGGUGAGAAAAAAUGGAAAUGUGAUAAGUGCUCAAAGAUCUAUGCUGUUCAUUCUGAUUGGAAAGCUCACUCUAAAACCUGUGGUACUCGAGAAUAUAAAUGUGAUUGUGGUACCCUUUUUUCCAGGAAGGAUAGCUUCAUAACUCAUAGAGCAUUUUGUGAUGCAUUGGCUGAAGAAAGUGCAAGAAUGUCUGCAAACCAAUUAGCCAUCACCACCACAAACACAAACCCAUUAGUCCAAUCUCUUUUCCUCUUCCCAAAUCAACAACAAAGUUUCCAAAACCCACAAAGCCACAUCACCUGGGACCCACCUCAACAAAACCCUAACCCUAGCAACCUUAAUAAUACUCUCCACCACAACAUCAAGCCUGAAUCUCCAAAUUUUCACACCAACCUCUCUUCUCCUCCUCCUCUCCCAUUUCUUCAUCACACAAACCCUAAGAGCAUAAUGACAUCAUCACCCUUCCACGUCAGCACACAACAACCUUCUUCCACUGCUGCCAUGUCACCACACCUCUCAGCAACUGCACUUCUCCAAAAAGCAGCAACCGUCGGUGCGGCCGCCAUCACAGGAAGCCAACCAACAAUGAGUCACCAUCAAACCUCUCAGCUCAGCAUUGGCCAGUUUGGAUCAGUGACUCAGCUAGACUCAGUUGAUCACUACAUUAACAACAUGAGAGGCUGUCUCACCGGAAAGAACGACGAUGGUCUCACUAGGGACUUUCUUGGCCUUACCAACGGUGGAGGAAAUGGUGGUGACUCCUUGGAUGUAAAGGAUAUGCUAACAUUCACGGGGGGUGUAGAAUACCACCAACACCAACCUCAUCAAAACAUGAUGAUGCUCAAGUCACAGUCACAACAAGCAGGUUUUGGUUUUCUUGGGACAACAACUGUUCCUGAGUCGUGGGGGAACUGUUAGACACCAAAAUUACCAUGGGUAUAUUUGGCCAUUCAAUUCAUCUUUAGCAUUGUUUCUCUUAUAUACCUUCUUGUCAUGGAUCAUGGAGUACUGUUUUUGUUUUUAUUUAGACAAAAAUGUCAUCAAGUACUUGUAUUUUAAAUUUUACCCCGUUUCAAUUU